UCAUCGCCUGCAUUUUUCGAAUAAAAAAAACGCCAAACCCACCGACCCAAUCAAUUAUCACCCCGUGAUAACCGUCACCAUUACUCCCCCCCCUCUCCCCUUCCCACUCAUCACCGAGAUUAACCGACCCGAAAACGUGACAGCCGACUAUUGAUGACAAGUUAAAAAAAUCCUGAAGUAUACGAAGACAGUGGGAAAAGUUGAAGGAAAAAUUGGAAGACUAUUGGAAAUUAUAAAUACCCUGAGCUCCACUGAAGCAACUUACUGCCUACUGAUAAUAGAAUAUCGUUUUCAAUGGACUCACAUGAUUGCCAUGACAAUAGUUUAAACAGCAGUGAAAUCUCGACAACUCGACGUUUGUAAUUCAUUAAAUACUCGAUUAACCGGAAAAAUCAUUCAUUGAACUUUUGAAAUUAAAUGGAUUCAAUGGAACCUGAUGAUCAAAACUAUGGGAUAAAUCGACAGAUGACGCACCACUGAGAUUAAUAUUUUUAUUUUUAUUUUUGAGAUGAAAUGUAUGUUGUUAAUUGGAUAAUCAAAUGAGAGAUUUAUGAAGCAAGACUCGUUAGUUAGGGAUUUUGGUAGUGAUUUAUUGGAGCAAAGAACCAAAUCUUAAUUGUAUUGAAAUCAAAAUGCGUGAGGGAUGUUUGAGACAUGUGGGAGGAUGGAUUAAUGUGGGGAUAACGAGAUGGAGAGAUGAAGAUGGAGAUGGUUUUGAGCAUUCGAUGGACGACAGAGGACAGACUUAUUAACCCUACCAUUACAAAGGGUUGAACGACAUGGAGAGUGGUGGGUCUGGUGUCGUCCAAGUAUUCGUGGGUGAAUGGAGCCCGGAAUACGAGGCAUUGUCGAUAAAAGCAACAAAACAAACAACCUCAGCUGAAAUUGUUGAAUGUAUCAUUGAGAGAUUGGGUCUUGGAGAUGCUAAUCUGAUGAAUGGGUAUGAGUUGGCUGAGGUGGUGGGCAAUUCCGUGGGACAGGAGUGCAAGGAGAGGAGGCUGGGUCCCUCUGAGUGUCCUGUUGCACUGAUGCUACUGUGGCCAAAAAAUUCAGCACAACAGGAGUAUUACAGGUUUUACCUCCGAAAGAAGCAGCCGGACUACCUCUGGUCAGACAGUCGCUUCCCAAUGGACCCGCAACUCCUGAAGGACUACUUCAACCGCUUCCUCUACCAGCCCCGUGACAAGGAGUACCCCGACCUCUGCCAGCUGCCGGACUUGAACGAACAAACCCUCCUAGACAAUCUCCGGGCGCGUUUUCUCGCUGGUAACAUCUACACUUACGUGGGUAGCAUCCUCAUAGCCGUGAAUCCCUUCAAAUUCUACCCCAUCUACAACCCAAAAUACGUAAAACUGUACCAAAAUCGUCGACUCGGGCCCGACAUUCCCCCCCACAUAUUCGCAAUAGCUGAUGCUGCCUAUCAUUCGAUGCUGAAGGAGAAGAAGAAUCAGUGCAUCGUGAUAAGUGGUGAAAGUGGCUCAGGAAAAACCGAAUCUACCAAUUUUUUGCUGCAUCAUUUGACAGCGUUGAGUCAAAAGGGAUCACAUGGGAGUGGAGUUGAGCAGACGAUUCUCAGUGCAGGCCCUGUGUUGGAGGCCUUUGGCAAUGCCAAGACAGCUCACAAUAACAACAGCAGUAGAUUUGGAAAAUUCAUUCAGGUGAACUAUAAGGAGAAUGGAAUGGUUCAUGGGGCUGUUGUCCAGAAGUAUCUUCUUGAGAAGUCCAGGAUAGUCUCUCAAGGUAAAAACGAACGCAACUACCACGUAUUCUACUACCUCCUGGCCGGUGCUAACGAUCAAGAGCGUCAGGUCCUCCACCUGGAGUCCCCCGAUCGUUACAAUUACCUGAACAAAAGUGGUUGCUACGGUCUCGAGAACAUCGACGAGCGCCACGAGUUCUCGAGACUGAAACAGUCCAUGGAGAUGGUGGGGUUCACACCGGAGAAGCAGAGACGACUGUUCGCAGUGCUGUCAGCAGUCUUGCUCCUGGGAAACGUUGAAUUUCAGCCGAGAAAGUCAUACCACCAUCACGACGAGGCUGUGGGUGUGAAGAAUCCAGAGGUAGUUGCCAUUAUCUCGGAGUUGUUGAGGGUCAAGCAGGAGACCCUUCUCGCUGCCCUGACAGCUAAGAGGGCGAGGGCCUCUGGUGAGACUCUGGUGAUAAACUAUCGUCUGCCUGAGGCCAUUGCUGCCAGGGACGCAAUGGCCAAGUGCCUUUAUGGCGCUCUAUUCGAUUGGAUUGUUCUUCAGGUGAAUCAUGCCUUGUUAUCGAAAAAGGACACACUGAGGGAUCAUCAGGGCCACAGUAUCGGGGUGCUCGAUAUAUUUGGCUUUGAGGACUUCAAGACGUGCAACAGCUUUGAACAGCUCUGCAUCAAUUACGCUAAUGAACAGCUUCAGCAUUACUUCAAUCAGCAUGUCUUUCAGUAUGAGCAGAGGGAGUACAGGAAACAGGGCAUUAGGUGGACUGAUAUUGGCUACAGUGAUAACUCGGGGUGUCUUAAUUUGAUCGAGGGAAAGCCCAAUGGGCUGCUCUGUCUGCUUGAUGAUCAGUGCAAUUUUCCUGGUGCUACCAAUGAGACUUUACUGCAGAAGUUUAACUCUGUGCAUAAGGAGAAUCAGUUUUAUGAGACACCUCAGAGGAGGGAGGCUGCUUUUGUCGUUAGGCAUUAUGCUGGGGCUGUUAAGUAUCAGGCUGCCAAUAUGAGGGAGAAGAAUCUGGAUCUGAUGAGACCUGAUGGGGUCGUCGGGGUGUUGAAGAACUCGAGUUUGGCUUUUGUUAGGGAAUUGGUGGGGGCUGAUCCAGUGGCGGUUUUCAGGUGGGCCAUACUCAGGGCCUUCUUCAGGGCACAUUUCGCGUUCCAGGAGGCGGGACGGGCCCAUCGACAUGGAAGAGCCGAUGGGAACAAAAAUUCCGUGCAAAAUCGAUACCGAACGCCGAACGAGAAUUUAAUUAGCCCUCAAAAACAAAUACGUCCACCAAGUUAUCAGAAGCAGAGAAGUGUCUGUAUACCAUCAUCAACAUCAGCCACUGUCACAUUAUCACCACCACAAAUUGAAAACACCGAUAAUGUUAAUAACAACCGAUUAUCGUGGCCACAAUUUAGAAAUGUCAAUCAGACUCAACAACACAACACGACGAAUAUAUCUACGCCCAAGGGUUACGUAUUAAGAGUAAGGGAUGAGCAGCAAAAUAGUAAUUAUAGAUUCAGAAGGGAUACACACACGCCACUCGAGAGGGUACUUCCUAAAGACGAGGCUAAUGUCAUGGAACGUGCCAAUCAGAUCGUCAUGAAGAACAAAUCAUUUCGCCCCCGCGAGCGAGGGAAGAAGGGCCUCAAGAAUCUCCAAACGGUGAAGACCCUGGCCGGCCGAACCCAGAGUUACGGUACAGGUCCUGGAAAAGCCAGGAAGCAACCGAUGACGGUUUCAGCGCAGUUCCAACAGAGCCUCCACAGCCUGAUGGACACCCUGAACCAAGCGAACCCCUUCUUCAUCCGCUGCAUCAAGUCCAACUCCAACAAGAUUCCCAACGAGUUCGAUGAGGAGACAGUCCAGCGCCAGCUCCGCUACACCGGAAUGCUGGAGACGGUGAGAAUUCGCCAGGCGGGCUUCAACGUACGUCUGACAUACGAGGAAUUCAUCCAGCUGUACCGAAUGCUCCUUCCGCACGGUCUCCUUAGCUCGCAAAACGACGUCCGGGACUUUCUCCUCACCCUCAAUCUCAACAAGGACAACUACCAACUGGGCAAGACAAAAGUCUUCCUCCGAGAGUCCGAGAAGAUAAAAUUGGACAUCGAACUCCACCAGCAGAUCAUCACCAGCAUUACAACUAUCCAAAAGUGGUUCCGAGCUUGUCUCGAGCGGCGAAAGUUCCUCAGAAUAAAGAACGCAGUGGUGCUGAUCCAGUCCUUCUGGCGGAUGGUGAUGGCCCAGAAGAUGGCGCACAAUCUCAGAACCAGAGUAGAAGCUGCAACUCACAUUCAAGCCACCUGGCGAGCUUACAAACAGCAGACGUGGUUCAAGAAGUUGAGAAUCUCGUUGAUCCACUUUCAAGCGAGAGUCCGGGGCAACAGAUCGCGCAAGGCUUUCCUAGAGCUCAAGAAGCGCAAACGAGAGUUGUGCAGAUCAGACCUGAGGUUCGAGGACGAUCCACGAUUACUAUCACGAUUGGAGAUUCAGGGAAAUCUUGACACGAGCACUUCCUACUCAAAACGAAAGCUGACGCCCAACAAGCGAAUCCUGAACUCUCGAACGACCGAGACGAAGACGGAAGCAUUCAAGACCGAGGAGACGAGAAAGGGAAGCCUGGAGUCACUGGCUUCCUUGCGAAGCUACGAGUCGCAGGUGAGUGUCGACAGUGUGGAGAGCCACUUCUCCCAGGAGAACUCCAACUCUAAACCGAUCCCCUCAGCCAGAACGAAGCGAACGGACCAGACUGUGAUUGUCCACAGUAUUGUGAACACAACCAGCAGAUCGUCAUCGAUAAGCAAGAGAACGGACAGUUCGUCCACUGGAUUCAGUGAUGGUGACACCGAUGGCGAAACACCGAGCGCCAUUCAAAGUGCUUCGCCAAUCUUCAAUAGUCUCUCAACAUCGAACCUAGCUUCCUUCAGCCCAAGGGACGCCAAGUACCACAUAGCCCCUCCAAAUAGCCAUCAGACUGACAUCUGGCGACGAAGGGCAGACUUCACUUAUCAGGAUCCACCUCCCCACAAGUCCCUGAUCACCAGAUCACCGAAUAUAACUCAGUACAAGCAUUUAACAGAGAGCCUCCUGGAGCAAGCCAAGUUGGAGAGAUUGAACGAGGCGACAAACUUGAAUAUCAAGUUGGAGAGCAAUGACAGAUACAACAAGAAUGAGUCCUUCAAUACUCGAGAAGUGAGAAGAUUGUCAGAAACAAGUGGAGAUCGUUACGACACCCUGAGCUCACCCUCGAGACACUUGCGUGACUCGAAGGAGUACAACUACUUGAAGCGUCAGAACUCGGAGGGCGAUACAUCCUUGAAGAUUGACAUUCUCGACAAGAUCAGAGACGAGGAGCUCAAAUCAAUGGAAAAGACUGAACCGGAUGUGCCGGUGCGCAGUGCCAGGAGAAACCGCCCAGGGAGGGAGGUACAGUGUCGGUCAAUGGGUGAAUCAGUCCCUGAGAACAAUCCCCCAGAGGCUAGAAACAUCUUCCUAGGGACUAUCAAGGAGUCCGACUUGAAGGCACCUCAGAUCUGGUCGAAGAAGGAUGAUCUGUCAUCGCAGACAGUGACCGAUUGGCCUGUCAAGUCUGAGGGAUCUUACAAGCCGCAAGCUGUUGGCAAACGCGUUCGGUCGAAUGCCAUCACAACGUUGGAACUCAGGAGAAGGAACUCUGAUCCAGCUACGAAGGUCUCGGGCCUUGACGAGAAGUCGUCAGAUCCCUCCAACGAUCUCAAACUGGCACCUGGUAUGAACUUGCUGGAGUGGAAAGGCAAUAAUCUGUUCACUCUGGCUGGCCAUCGCUUCCGAAAGAUAGCUAGGUUCACGAAGGAGGAUGUCUGCGUGUGUUGCCACGAGAAGAUGGACGCCUUCGUAACUCAGGGAUACAAAUGCAACGAUUGCAAACAACUUUAUCACGUCAAGUGCAUCCAGAAUGGUGGAGUUCUGAAGAUGCCUUGUCCCCUGGCGAACACACCGAGCAGAAGAAAAAACAGAAAGCCCAUGAGGACGCCCUACGAGGCGGUCAAGCAAACGGUACAGUCCAAAUUCAGUUUAACUGGUACGUCAGCUUUCUCGGACAGCACUGACAAGAUCAUCUCAGACGCCAAGGAGCUGGCUCUCAUGCAGGACUUCAUCACCAAGAAGAUUUACGCGAUGGAGGUGCAGGAGGAGGGAAAGAAGCCGAGUGAGGUUGAUCGGGUGUUCAAGCAGGCUCUCAGGAAAUUCAAGGACGACCUCGUCAUCACUUACAGUCUGGCCAUUCAGCAGGGGGUUGAGGGUAACAUCAAGUACACCGAUCUCAUCGCAAACUUCCUUCACGUCAUGGAGACUGUCUGCAAGCAGGAGAACACCAGGGAGGACUUCCCGGUGACAAUGGGGGUGAAUGCUUUCAGAGGGUUUAUGAAUGAGUUCAUGACACUAGUCAAGACGGAAGCGCCGGAGAAGGCGAGCAAGAGCAAACGGAAAAAGGAGAAGAAGCGAAAGCAGGAGGAGCCUAUCAGGCAUGGCAACCACAUGUUCCAGUUGACAAUCAUCAACAUUCCGACGGCCUGCGAGGUCUGCACGUCGUUCUUCAUGUGGCCCAUUGAGAGGGGUCUUGUCUGCCAGAACUGCAAGCUCACUUGUCACAAGAAGUGCUACACCAGGGCUGUCGCUGAGUGCGGCAAGGACGGAAUCAAUGACAGCAAUUGUCGAAAGGUCUUCAAUGUUCCACUCUACAAGCUCGAUUGCGGGGAUGGAAAGGUGCCCCUGGUCGUCGACAGGCUCAUCACGACCAUUGAGAUGCACGGCUUGUACACCGAGGGGCUUUACAGGAAGAGCGGUGUCAGCUCCAAGGUGCGGGAGCUCAAGAUGAAGAUGGAUGAGGGCGAUCUGGAGAAGGUGGACUUUGAGAACUACCAGGUGCACGUCUUGGCCGCUGUUCUCAAGAGCUUCUUCAGGGACAUGCCUGAGCCCCUGAUGACAUUCGAGUACUACGAUGACUUCCUUCAUGCUGCGAAUCUCACUGAUCCUCACGACAGGAUCAGCACAUUGUUUGCGAUAUUGAAGAAACUCCCCAAGCCCAAUUUUGAUCUUAUGGAGAGGCUCAUCGUGCAUUUGGCUAGGGUUGCUUUGCACGAGGUUGACAACAGAAUGUCACCUUCUGCUCUGGCUAUUGUCUUUGCCCCUUGCAUUCUGAGGACUAAUCGGGUGCUUCCUGCACAGGACUCACUCCAGGACGUGGGCAGGCAGACCAAGUGCAUUGAGACUAUUGUCCAGGAGAAGCUGAGGUUUGUCAAGACAACGCUUGCUGAUAUCAGCACUUUGGAGUCGGCGUGCCAUGCGGCGACCAAUAGAUUGUCCAGUCUGAGGUCUUCCAAGAUUUUUAGCCCUGAGGAGCUCAAUGUCGGCAGCAGCACAUUGGGCAGGUGCACCAAUGAGGGCGGUGGCGACAGGGGGGAUGAGGAGGAGGCACUCUUGGUGGGGCACAUUCAGACGAUUCAGAAGGAGAAGGCUCUGUUGACGUCGACCUUGCCGAGCUUGACGAGGGCCUCUUCCGAUGAUGAUUUGCUACUGUCGGCGACCGACCUCGAUGAUGGCUCGCUUGAUGAUCUGCUGCCUACUUCUGCUGAUGCUCUGGCGCGAAAAAAGGGGGUUCACCGACAGAGUUCCACCGACAACUCUUUCCCCGCCAUAAUAAACGUCGACGAGGACAUGGUGAUGGUAUGACCUGUCAUCAGAGGAACCACUUAAAAUUUCCGUCAGUACGUGCCCCAAACAGAACACCUUUUCCACUUGGAUCAUCAAUGCAAUACCGAAUGUAUGUAAAUGUGUAUGUGUAUCUGUACGAACACUUUUGGACACUUCCUCACAUUGAAAAAUUGUCCCAGUAAUUGAACAAAGUGUCUCACGACAGUUAGAUAAAGAUCCCAGCUCUCUGCGGAGGGACGAAAGAGUUUUGUCGGCUUUCGAUACAUUAAAUAUAUUCUCUUUUUAUUCACAAUUGAAUUUUAUUCUCAAUUAUUUUCUCGAUGAAUAAAUUGAGUAAAAAGAAAAUGUAUUUUCACGCCGUUAACCAAAAUUUUAACGCAACAAUAACAAUUACAUUAUUUAUUUGAAUCAUUAAUUAAUGGUAAUUCAUAGAUUAUUUUCUCUUCUAUUUUGAUAAAUUUAAGAUCACUCUCGUGACUCGUCCCAUUGAACUAUCAUAAUUUACAUUUCAAUCUCAUGCAUUCCCAGUAGAGAACUGUCAAUCGUCAGUCUCUGAUUUUAUGAUUUCUUUCAAUUUUUAAUCUUUGAUUUUAUAUCAAGAUCUCGAUACUCGGAUUUAUUCCAGCAAAAAAUUGUCUCAAGUUAUUUCUUAUUUCAUAUUACUAGCUUUUUCUGCCUCUUUGAGGGCAAGAGACACGUGAUUUUAUGAAUUAAUUCUCUCACUUGUUUUUUAUUGAAAGAAAUAAAUAUUGAAGGAAGAUAUCUAAAGGGAAUACAAAGUGGUGCAGUCUUUGGCACUGGAAAGUUAUUUUUGUUACUCGCCUACUGAUCGACUGAUCGUAUAUUUCGUUAGGAAUAUAAAUGUGUGAAUACGAAAUGCUUAAUUGAGGUGGAAUGAUUUGAUAAUUGUAGAAUUGACAGCGAGCUAAAUGUGAGGAAUAGAGUGGCUUGGAUAGCCUGAAUUAUCUCUGCACUGAAACGACUCGACCUCUCUGAUUUCCUUAUCGAGAUAAAAAUGAUGAUUAAACUCAAAAUAUGAAGAAACUACGAUAGAAACCAAAAUUUAGCCUGUACAUAUUAAAACAAAAAUUAUUAUCGAUAAUUAAUCUGUUAUUAUUGUUACGUUUAUCAAAUACGUUACCAAGAUUAUAUUUUUUGCUGGUAAUAUCGUUUUAGGUAUUAAAAAUGAAAAUUAAAUUGAUUCGAUAAUCCUAAUGAAACCAAUCGUACGCCAAUAUCUCGUGUACGAAAAAUCGUUUUCCAUUAUCAAAGUUGAUUAUUAUAUUGCAAAUUCUGUUUUUCUUUUAAACUUAAAACAAAAAGUGAGGGGAAAUGAAUCUUGAAUAGUAGAGUUAGAUACACGUGACGUGUACAGGAGAAAUAGAAGAGACAUUUUAAUUGCAUUUAAUUCAACCCUGUGUCUGAGAGAUUUAAAUAAAUGGAGUAAUAAAUUAUAAUAAGUCGACGAUGAACGCAUGACGUUCGAAAUUCGCCAGAUGAUGAGAGAAAAAAUGAUUGAAAAAAAAAACAAUAUACGACACGUAAAAUUAGACAGAAAAGAGGAUAAAAUAUUAAUUAAUAAUAACAUUAUUUUGUUUACUGUAAAUCUGUCCCAAUAUAACGAUUAAUAACUACCCAGUGCUAUUUAUAGUUAAUCGAACAAAUUAGUGGUGUACAAAUGAUGAUAAAACAUUAAUAAUAAUUUACCAAUGUAUGUUAACAAAACGUUUAUGGAGAGGCGCUUUGAUACAUCUUUUAUUCUCUUCGAGCGGGUUUAUGUAAAUUCUCCUGCGAAUUCGACUGACACUGUAUACAAAUAAUUUUUUUUGUUCAUACUGCCAUCGAUUCGUAUUGAUUAUUAUUAUUUUUUCCAUUCGCUUAUUCCUUUUUUUCUCUUUAUUAUCGAUUUAUUCAUUACAAAAACAGGGAUUAAAUAAUUUCGAUAUUCAUCAGAUGAUAAUUCACGCGUUGAUGAACAAUAUGUGCGUAUUUAUAUAUUUUUUACAUUUUUCCUUAUAUAUAAAUCACUUUUUUUAUUUAGUGUGAAUAGUCAAUCGACCAGAGUCGACUGGAAAUAAUGAAUUUUAUGCUCUUUUUUAAUCGGCCAAUGUUUUAAGUCGUUUCUAUUGAUUUUACAGAUUAAUAAAAUGUCAAAUCAAUUACAAAAUCAA